AAGGAAGUUAUCGCUUUUUAGGAAGAUUAGAAAAAGAAGUUAAAAAAAUGUCUCAACAAAGUAAACAAAAACACGAACAGAGAAUGGAGGCGGCUGAAAAACUUAUCAAAAUCUAUGAAAAGACUUAUGAAAGACCUACCGUGGAUUUUUUUUUCGAAACAUUAGAUGAAAUAGAAGGUUAUGAAGAAUAUAAAAAUAUUGUUGGUAAUUAUUUUGUAAAUUUACUAAAUCCAACCGAUGUUCCAUUUAGACCUUUAUCUUUUAUUUUAGUAGGGCCGCCGGGAACUGGUAAAAGCGCUAUUGCUAAAUUGACAGCAAAAGCGUCUAAAAGAGAAUUUAUUUCAAUUUCGAUGAACGGAAUUGAUGAACCGACUUAUUUAAAGGGUAGAGAAAUCGCUUAUGGUGGUGCUGACCAAGGAAAAUUAUUGAAAGAAAUGUUAAACAAAGGGAGUAGUCAACCAAUAGUAUUAAUUGAUGAGUUGACCAGGGCAAAAGGCAAAGCUUUAACCGAUAUUAUUGGAACCAUGACUGACCCUGACCAAAAUGCUUAUUCUUUCGAAGAUGACUGA